CUGAAACUGAGCAACUGAGGCACUGGGCUAAUUAUGUACUUGAGGAAGCCCCAAUGGACCGAGGGCUUCACACCCAAGCCCUCGCCGGAAUCCCAAUCAGACUCACCCGCCACCGCCGUCGCCGAUCUCGUCAACUCCUUGACCACCCAGCGAGUCUACCGCGAGGUCACCCUCGCUCUCCGUAGCGGCCUGACGGAGCUCCGCGCCGAGUACUCCUUCCUCCGCGUCCGCGGCCUCCGCUCCCUCCUCAAGUUCCUCCGAUCCGUCGCCGAGUCCGACUCCACCAUGAACCUCUUCUCCCAGACCCAAUCGAUUCCCGAGCUUCAAGUGGUGCCGGUUUUGUUUCAGCACUCACUGAAAGAGGCGGAGGAUGAGAUCGUUAGGAAUUUGGAUCACAUUUUCGGCGUGGAGCCUUUAAAGAUCACCACGCCUUCAACCGACUCGGAGGUUUCGCUGGCGCUUCGGGUCCUGGAAGGGUGCUGUUUGCUUCAUCGGGACAGCGCGGUGCUGGCUCACCAGCACAAGGCUAUUCAGGUGUUGAUGAAUAUAUUGCCGAGUACAGGAGUGGCGGAGCAGGGGGUUUGUUUGGAUGCUUUGACCGCGAUUAUGUUGGAUUCGUCUGCUAAUCAAAUGGACUUUGAGGAACUUAAUGGUAUCGAGGAAGUUGCAGAGCUUAUUCGAGAUAAGCAGGUUGACGAGAAUCUCAGGUUGAAAUGUGGAGAGUUCCUGCUGCUACUCGUAGGUCAUGUAAAUGGGAGAGACAGGCCACCCUUAGCAACCGUACAUGAAGACAUUAGGCGACUCUUGGGUGAGAAAUCUGCUUCCCUGAUAUGGGCAGCCAGUCAAUUUGGCCCCACCCUUGAUCCAGAGCAAAGACUUACUGCCCUUCACAUCCAAGCUCGUCGUGUACUGGAGUCAUUGGACCUAUACUGAAUUUUAACAUAGAAGCCACCAUUAGGUAUUAGUCAUUGUUUCGAAUAGAUUCAGUCAUUGGCUGCUUUUUUGCAAUGUUUGUGAAAUUGAUUCGAGGAACUUCUAGAUUGAACAACUUGUUUGUUUAUUUGGUUGUAGUUCAAUUUUGUUGGGUAAUAAUCUGAACACAUUAUGUC